AUGUCUACUACAGAGUCAAAACUUCGUCAGCUUAAAAUAGUUGAUCUUAAAGAGCUUUUGGCUAAAAAAGGAUUGCCUGUAUCUGGAAAAAAAGAAGAUCAAACGGCUUUAAAUAUCGAACCAAAAAGUAGUGAGACGGAUCUAUUUGAUAAAGAUAUAUUAGUCUCACCAAACGAACUUCUUCCAACUGGACUUGAUGAUGAUUGGGAGAAAUUUACUACGGAUGAUAUUGCAAAUUUAUCCAAAGAUUUUGAUUCUCCUGACUCUCCUACUUCCCCUUCACUUUCUAAUAAAGAAACCUUGGCUAAUAAACCAAAAAUUGAAGUUUCAAAGGACAACCUGACCACAAUCGAUGAUAAACAAAAAGAUUCUAAUACAUCGAUUAAAGAUGAUGCGACAUCAACCACAAGUUCCGAUAUUCUUAUUAAGCCAUCUGGUUUUACUUGUAAAAAAAUUAUAUUUGAUGAGAAACCAUCGUUGCCAGUCUCUAAAAGUCAACCAGAUUUGACAGCAGAAUUGGAGAGAAGAAAAAAACGAGCUGAACGUUUUGGAGUUCAAUUAUCUGAUGCAGACAAGAAACUUCAAAGAGCAGCACGAUUUGGAAUUAAUACUAAAAUUCCUGACGAUUCUCCACUAAAAGCUCCUUUACCUUCAUCUAGAAAAUUGUCGGUUGCCUCAAUCGAAGAUGAAGGGAAGUUGAAGAAACGUGCAGAGAAAUUUGCUCUUGAUAAAGAACAAGCAAAUGUUUUAAACGUUACACCUUCUUUGAGUGAAGAAGAAAAGAAAAAAAGGAGAGCAGAGAAAUUCUCAAAAGAACUCGCUUCAACUCCCUCAAACCAAUCAUCAUUGACCUCGUUAAGUGAAGAAGAAAAAAGGAAGAGAAGAACAGAAAGAUUUGCUUUACAUGUACCUUAA